GAGGAGACAUCCCACUGACCCCGCGCCGUGGACAUCACCUCUCGGUGCCCGGCUCCUUCCUCACCAUCACCUUGUGCUUUGCUUGCAGGAGCCUGAUGCCGCGAACGCUGGACAGCCAGAUCACGGUGGAGAAGACCCCCAGCUACUUCGUCACCAAGGAGGCACCACGGCGACUCUUCAACAUCUCGGCCUACACGCAGACCCUCUCCAAGAAGCCAGACAUCCCCACCUUUGAGGGGCUGUCCUUCCGCAACCGCAGCCUGGGGCUGGUGGACACCUCCUGGAAUGCCAUCCGCAUCGGGAUGUACGCUGUGCACCUCGAGAGCUGGCUCCAGUACUUCCCCCUCUCCCAGAUCCACUUUGUCAGUGGGGAGAAGUUGAUCACGGACCCAGCCGGGGAGAUGGGCAAAGUCCAGGACUUCCUGGGCAUCAAACGGGUUAUCACAGACAAGCACUUCUACUUCAACAAGACAAAAGGCUUUCCUUGCCUGAAAAAGUCAGAGAGCAGCGGCUUGCCUCGCU